AUGGCGCUUCGAUUCCGGCCCCCGAAGCCGGACCAAAAAAUCCUGCCGGUUAAACCGAGAAAGGGCCAUUUCUUGUUCGCUCACCAGGAGUUCAAGCGCUUGCCCUGGUGGAAGAGGAAGAAUAUGCGUACCCUGUACAUCUACAUUGUCAUCCUUAUCCUGACCAACACAGCGAACGGUUUUGAUGGUUCAAUGAUGAACGGUCUCCAAACCCUUUCCUACUGGCAGGAAUACUUCAAUCACCCUCACGGUUCGCUUCUCGGCCUCUUCAAUGCCUCCAUGAGUCUUGGCUCUCUGCUCGGUCUGUUCGUCGUGCCUUACAUGAUCGAUGCCUGGGGCCGCAGGCUCGGGUGUUUCGUUGGAUGUCUCAUCAUGCUGCUUGCAGUGGGGUUGCAGUCUGGUGCUACUGGUUUUGGCAUGUUCAUCGCUGCCCGUCUGCUUAUUGGAUUUGGUGACUGUCUCGUUCUUGGUAGCGCUCCGCUCUUGAUCGCUGAGAUCGCGCAUCCACAAGACCGGGCCGUCCUUGUCACGCUUAGUGGUGCUUCUUAUCACUCUGGCGCGUUCAUUGCUAGCUGGGUGACAUUGGGCACAUUGAAGAUUCAGAGCGACUGGUCGUGGCGUCUGCCUAGCCUGCUGCAGGCCAUUUGCACCAUUGUGAUUGUGUCUGGCAUAUGGUUAAUGCCGGAAAGCCCUCGUUGGUUGAUGAGCAAGGGGAGACACGAUGAAGCCAUGCGGAUUCUCGUCAAAUAUCAUGGCGAGGGGGACCAGGAUGACGCAUUUGUGCAUCUGGAGUAUGCAGAGAUCAAGGCUGCCAUUGAUCUGGAUACGGAGAUUGACCAAACUCGCUGGGUUGAUUUCUUGAAAACCAAGGGCAACCGCAGGCGAAUCGGUCUGAUCACCGCUCUGGGACUCUUCAGUCAAUGGAGUGGCAAUGGUUUGAUUUCCUACUAUCUCAAACAGGUCAUGGACAGUGUUGGUAUUACCAAGGCUUCCACACAACUCGGAAUCAACGCGGGUAUCAAGACCGAAGCCUUGGUCACCAACGUCACCCUGGCCUUCUUUAUCAACCGCUCUCAAAUUCCCCUGCGGAUAGACAAUGAUCAAGGCUAA